AUGCCACGAGCAGUGAGUGCCGCGCUGGUGGUGGCGUGGCUGGGGUCGGGGCACUGGCUGCUCAACAACGACCUUGGCUCCGCCAUCUUCGUUGCAUUUGUCAGCCUCGUGCGGCUUCCAAAUGUUAAGGUCUGCGCCCUUCUACUCGCAUGUCUAUUCCUGUACGACAUCUUCUGGGUGUUCUUCUCACACCGUUUCUUCGGAGCCAACGUGAUGCUCUCAGUCGCCACGCAGCACGCCCACAACCCCGCCCACUCCGUCGCUCACUCCCUCCGCCUGCCCUCCGCUGUAGCAAAGUCCAUCGUGAGGGAGAUAGAGCUGCCUGUGAAGCUGCUGUUCCCACGGGACCUGUUCGGAGAGCUGAACGUGUUUGCGGGGCAGAGAGCGCGCGAUUUCAUGGUGCUGGGACUGGGUGACAUGGCCAUUCCAGGCAUGCUGCUUGCCCUUGUGCUGUGCGUGGAUCAGCACAAGAGGCGGCAGCAGCAGGAGGAGCAACAGCAGCGGGAGCUGGAGGUUUUAGAGGCGGGGAAGGGAGGGCAAGAGCAGCAGCAACAACCACAUGAGCAUCCCCAGAAGCAUUCUGAACAGCAUUCUCAAGGCAUGUUGAAUCGGCCACUACUGGACGCGUUGCCUUCAGCAAGAGAGCAGGAGAGGGCCCAGCUGGGCUAUGUGUGGGUGGCGGCUGUGGGAUAUGCGGUGGGGCUCGUGGCUGCUCUCGCUGCUGGCGUGCUGACUCGCUCUCCCCAACCUGCUCUGCUCUACCUGGUACCCUCCACGCUCGGCCCCGUGUCACUAGUGGCAUGGAGAAGAGGCGAGCUGGCAGAUCUAUGGGACGGCUCACCAGGCCUGAUGCCGUUCGAUCGGGACAAGCUGGAAACUCUGGAUGUUUGA